AUGGACGACUCAGACGACAAGCCAUCCCCCGACAGCGUCCCCAAAUGGCAGCUCACCGCGCCCGACGACGAACCAAACAUCGACGAAGCCCAGUCGCAGCCGCAGUCGCAGUCGCAACAGCAUGAUGAAGAUGCCCAUGCAGACCGGCUGCAAGUCGCGCGGCGCUUCCUCGAAGAUGACGCCGUGAAAGCGGCUCCGCGACACAUAAAGGUUGACUUUUUAAAGUCCAAGGGCGUCGACGAUGCAGAUAUCCAGUACCUUCUCCGUGACAUUGCAGAAGAAGAAGAAGAAGAAGACGCUCCAAACUCCAAGGACUCAACACCAGCGCCAACAGACUCAUUCGCGCCCAAACAACAACCACAACAACCCGCCUCUACCGCCUCCCCAUCUCCCGCCCCUAUCCUCGCGCCCGGCGACCGCCCCCCCGUAGUAACAUACCCCGAGUUCCUCACCAAGCCCCAGCGCCCACCCCCGCUCGUCACGAAAAACGGCCUGCUCAGCACGCUCUAUGCGUUCGGGGGCUUAUCCGCGCUCAUCUACGGCACGACCAAGUUCGCCGUCGAGCCCAUGGUUGAGAAACAAACGAGCGCGCGCAUCGAGCUCCACGAGACCGCAGCAAGUAAACUCGACGCCAUCGUCGCCCGGCUCGAAACAACCGUCUCCGUCGUCCCGUCGUACAAGUCCGCCUCGGGAACCAGCGCCUCGGACGCAAGCGAGGACGAUCCCUCUGAAAUGUUCCACCGCGACGUCGGCACCCAGACGUCCUUGCCCACUAGCCCUUCCACCGCGUCUCUCCAGGAAAAGGACGGCGCCCAGUCUAGGAUCCAAGAGGAGCGUCUUUCGAAACUGGCAAAGUCGCUCAAGGGGCUUACCGAUGACUUUACGUCGCAGAGCAACGAUUCACAGGACAUCAAAGUUCUGCUGGACGUCUUCCGUGACGAUCUGGAUACCAUGACGUACGGGCAUCACGCGGAGCUAUUCGGGGGCUUUGAUAAGAGGAAGAAGAAGCCUGAUUCGGAAGACGAGAUUCGCAAAGUAAGGGACAAUAUCAGGAGGAUAAAGGGCGUUCUACUGAGCGCGCGGACGUUUCCCACAUCUGCUAGGUAAAGGCGGGGGGAAGUAUUUUUGCAUGGCGUCUUGUUCAUAUCAUUUACAGCUUCCAUUGUCAUGGGUAUUUCCUUCAGGCAUCUAUCUACACUAGCGAAAGGUUGCAUAACCUUUGAUUUGCGGCUGACCCUCUGGGUCGUCGUCGUCGUCGUU